UGAUGAAUGAAGACGAGAUCGAUUUGAUUCCUGAGCUGGUUGUUGAAGAAAAUGAGCCCAUUAGAUACUCAAAGGACAGCAAAAAAGCUGCACGUUAUAGAGAGCAUUCUGGUUUAACUGAGAAUGAUGCGAUAACUAGAAUACCAAUAACGAUUGUCACAGGAUAUCUCGGUUCCGGAAAAUCGACAUUAUUGGAACAAAUUGCGAAAAAGGGUGAUCGAAGGAUUGCAGUUAUUUUAAAUGAGUUUGGAGACUCAGCGGCUAUUGAAAAAUCGUUGACAGUAAAAGGAGGCAACUCUCAAGAAUAUGAAGAAUGGUUGGAUUUAGGAAACGGAUGUCUUUGUUGCUCGGUUAAAGAUAAUGGAGUUGCAGCUAUAGAGAGAUUGAUAGCAAAACGAAAGGGUUUUGAUUAUAUUCUUCUUGAAACAACAGGGUUGGCCGAUCCCGCCCCCAUAGCCACAAUGUUUUGGCUUGACGAUGCCUUAUCCUCAAAUGUUUACAUCGAUGGUGUGGUCACGGUGAUAGACUCUGAAAACAUUGAAAAAUGGCUUUCAGAUACAGGAGGUCAUACACAUGCGCCCACAACAACUGAUAGCGAUGUAACAAUUGCUCACCUACAGAUUGCUAUGGCUGAUGUAAUUCUUUUGAACAAAGUCGAUAAAAUGGCCAGUGAAGAUCUUGACGGAUUGGAAGAAAGGGCGAAAUCCAUCAACACUUUUGCUCCGGUGUAUCGAACAAGGUACGGAGACGUUGAUCUUGAUAAGAUCUUGGAUUUGCACGCAUAUGACACCAAAGACAUCUCACCGUUUUUGAGAAAUCAAGCUCUGUAUCAUGAUUCUACAAUCCACACAAUUACCCUGGAGUUCUCGAAGCUUGACAAGGUCCAAUAUGAAAACUUUGAACGAUUUCUGCAAGAUAUACUUUGGGUGGAAAAUGAUGCUGAGACAUGGAAUAUGGAGAUUUACAGAGCGAAAGGUUUAGUUUACUACGAAACGACUUUCAAGGUACUACAAGCGGUGCGAAAAACUUAUGACAUUAUAGAUGGUGGGGAAAGUGCUCCAGAUAGAAAGACACUUCCAAACAGUAAGCUUGUUCUUAUAGGAAAAGGAUUAUCGUUUGAAAAGUUGAAAACUCAUUUUCAGAAAUACGUUGGGCUUUCCUUGAUUGAAAGCCAGUGAGAAUAUCAUUAUAUGAUUUUAUGGUUUCAAUUGCUGGCGAAAGCCAAUAUUAACAGCCUCUAUAUUGAGUAGUCCCAACAAUCCAACCCAAACGAAGUAAUCAAAUAAAAUUGCUUGUAACGAACUCGAUCAAAGAGGCACAAGGUGCGUCAUUUUUGGCAGGCCCAAUAAUAAAGGGGCUUUGAUGUAACUCAUACAGCUAGGUCCUUUUUUUUCUAUGUGAAAGCACAUUUACAUACAACUUGCAUUGUAUUUACAAGGUUUCUUCUGAUGCUGGAACUAUAUAAUAAAAUUGUUUUCAUUUGCGAAAAUUGAGCAUGCUGUAACAUAGUACACUAGAUAACUAACUCAAGUGUUUUACUUAAUGAAGUGAAUUGGACUACCUUCUAUGUUGGUAGCUUUUCACCAAAAGUUAUAUCAGAUGCUGGCAUGACUUUUUAAA